UCUGAAGAGAAUAUUUUCGUAGUGAAUCAGUGAGUCGUUUUCGCUUUUAAUUCAUUUUAUCAGUCAUUGAGGAGAAUCCCAACGCGAUUGUUAUUCUGUUUCGCGUCUUUUUAAAGAAAAAGAAAGUAAAUCAUAAGUAUUUUUAACCGAGUGCCAGGAAAACUAGACUUACGAAAUUACCAAGCCAACUGUACGAUAAUCUGAAAGUUACAGAAUGCCUGCUGCAGUUCCCGCGGAAAAUGGGGCUGGUGUCCCAAAAACAGAGUUGCAGGAGUUGCAACUCAAACAGCAACAAGUGGUGGAUGAGUCGCUGGAUAGUACGCGCCGUAUGCUGGCAUUAUGUGAAGAGAGCACUGAAGUGGGAAUGCGUACCAUCGUUAUGCUGGAUGAGCAAGGAGAACAACUGGAUCGCAUCGAGGAAGGCAUGGAUCAGAUCAAUGCUGAUAUGCGAGAAGCCGAAAAAAAUCUCAGUGGAAUGGAGAAAUGCUGUGGCAUCUGCGUAUUGCCUUGCAAUAAGAGCUCAUCUUUCAAGGAAGAUGAUGGCACAUGGAAAGGUAACGACGACGGUAAAGUUGUAAACAAUCAGCCACAAAGAGUUAUGGACGACCGUAAUGGACUAGGACCACAAGCAGGUUACAUUGGAAGAAUAACCAACGACGCUCGUGAAGACGAAAUGGAAGAAAACAUGGGUCAAGUCAAUACGAUGAUCGGUAACUUGCGGAAUAUGGCCCUGGAUAUGGGAUCUGAGCUCGAGAACCAAAACAGGCAGAUUGAUAGAGUCAAUCGUAAGGGAGAUGAUAAUAGGAAUCGACUUGAAGAAGCUAGUAAACGUGCUGGUCAGCUAUUGCGAAGCUAAUACUAAUGUUUCUGAAAUGAUUUCUGUUAAGUUUGGUUGUACUAUAUUCAUAAUUCUAAAAGAAAUAUUAAUCUAAUAUAAUGCUUAUUUUAGAAAACGCAUUUAUCUUUGAACGUGGUCUAUUUCUUUGAUUAAGUGUAUUUAAAUGUGUCUACUGGUAUCCUGACUAUCAUUUUUCUUAUUUGAUUUUAAUAACCAACAACUGUUUUUUUUGUUGGUCAAUUUUUCAAUUGUACGUGAAUUUGUAAUUUUUAAGAUGCAUAUGCAGCUCUUCAAUAUUGCUCCAAUGUACCUAAACUACCUGUAGGUCCAUUAGAAUCACAGCGUAUCAUUUGUACAAUUUGAACGCGAAAGAAUAACGAGAGACAACAAAUAUUUUUUAUCACUCAUUAAAAUUGUUCAACAUUAACCUUAGCAAACUUCGUAUCUACAUUUCAAUGCCUGUACUCUUCCCUGAACACUACUCAUUCGAUUUUAGACAAUUGCAAAAAACAAGUUUUUUCAAUACUUAAAUCAAAAGAUUAAGUUGACAUCUGAAGAAAUUCAAAAUCUUCAAAAUCAAAGUUCCCGUUCCAGCUAAUUGGAAGGAAAACAUCUAGAAUAUUGCAUGUGCGCUGGAAUGUUACAAAAAGUGAGUACAACAUUGUAGAAUUAAACUACACAUUUGCGGCUUGUAAAUCCUUUAUAGUAUACAUUUUUCGAACCUCGAAUUAGCAGAGUGCUCUGCCAUAGGUUUUCAACGAGAAAAAGUAAUGAUAUUAAACCAUAUGAUUGAUUGAUAUAAAAUAGAGACUUCUGAAAUUACUACAAAGAAAUUCCAAUCUUGUUUGAACGGAAAAUGCGUAUUCUGCAGAAGAGUGUUAUUUUGGAUAGUUAUAAAAAUAGUUAGUUUUUCUGUAUCAUUUAUGUUUCAAAUCGCGUACAAAAACUGUUCGUUGCACAAUUUCCAAAGUGUGUGCUGGUUGGCACGGAAUUUUACGUCCAAAAUAGACAUUCUUGUUGCCUAACUUUGUUGGUAAUGUUAUAGCAAGCAUAAUGCGUCAAGUUAAGCGAACAUGUUCAAAAAGGGCACUAGAGGUUGAUUUCUAUAUCAAUCUUUGCUAGCAAUAAUAAAAUCAAUUGUGAUAUUGCAACAUUAAAAUAGUUUGACUCAUAACAACAUGUGAAAAAAACAUAGUGAUAAACGAUAACUCAGAAUGCAAGGCAUGAAAAUAGAAAAAAAAGUUCCAACUUAUGUCGAUUACAAAAUGAUUUUUAUUUAUCGCAAAGUAUUUUAACGAGAAGCAUUGGAAAUUACCUUACGUGAAAAUUUUACAUGUAAAUCAGUAUGAAGCUUUUUUUGAGCUAGCGGUAUCAAACAACUGAAAUAUGAAAAUACAGUUGAGUGUGUACACAAUGUGUGAUUUUCCUUGGUUUGUUAGUGAUUUGAUUUUUAGUUUCAACAGCUUUGAGGGCCUAAUAUUCUGAUUUUUGUGUUGUCUGUAAAAAUCAGGUCAACUAAAAUUAUAAAAACUGUUUUGGCCGAUAAUUUCACAAUAAUUAAAAAAUCUAUGGAAAAGAAUAUUGUAGUGGAGUAAUGAAGGCUUGUAUUAUAUUUAUGUUGAUAAAACACCACAUUUCUGCAUAUUAGGCAUUAUCAAGCAUAAACCAUCAUGUGUCAAAUAUUUGGAUUAUGUAUACUGGACGCAAUGAUUAUUACAUAUUCCAACAGGAUUUGGAAUCUAAAUAAUUGCCAGCAAUAGUAGAACAAACAUCAUAGGCUGAACUCAUAAGAUAUUAGAUUUGCUGUCUACGAAACAGAGAAAUCUCCACAUAUGAAAAGAAAAAUGAUAUUUAUCACUUUUAAAUAAAUUCAUCUCUUGUUGUCUUUGAAAAAAUCUAUGUGUGUUGUAAGAACUCCAAUGAUGCUUAACAAACAAAUAUUUUUACUAUGCUAUACGUUUUGUUUCGCGGUUUGAAUUUAAUUACUUUUUGCUAAUUCUACUUCAAUAUUGAUGAUUCCGCAUCAUUAAAGAAACUGCAAUCUAUCUCUUCGAGAUUACUAAUCCCCAAUCUAAGUGAUUUAUUUUUAUUUCCAAUGUUAUGAUAAUGUGAGAAUUAUAUUAACAAACGAGGGGCACAGUCAGGUAAUAGAAUGUACAGCAAUUAUUUAAUCAAGAGACAAACUAAUAAGCGAAACUUACUAGUUGCAUAUGGGAUGGCACCCUAUCAUGCAUACUCAACUGUUUCACGUUUGAUCAUUGCAUUUUAUGUCCAAUAAUUUGAGUCUAGUGAUUGGAGAAAAGGUAAAAAAUCUUUUAGGAAAUUAAUGCAUAUAAAAAUAAUAGAUUAGUUAUAUUAUUACAAUGGUUAAUAUUUUUCAUAUGUAUUGAUAAAAUAAAAUACAAUAUCUAACAAUA